UGUGCGCACACCGUCGAUUGCCAAUGUGAAUGGCAAAUGUAACUGUCAAACAGCUGACUAGCUAAAGGCUGUUACGCGACUGUGUACCAAAUAUUUUGGACAUUAUUCAGAUCAAUUAAACAACUUAAAAUGCUGCGUACACUAGUCGCUGGUGCGCUACGCAGUGUCUGCCGCGUUCAGCCGGCGUACGCGCUGCAGCACACCCAACGUGCAUGCUUUGGACACUUGAUUGCUGCGUCCGCUCCAGCGCAGCGCAAGCCGAAUCUACUUCCCGCCAGCAGCCUAACGUCAACGCCGACGCUGUUACAGGCACCUGUGCCAGCCGCAGUGCCUGCUCGCAGCGUCACCAAAUUCUCGCUCAUCAAGGGCAAACGCAAGUCUGUGAAGGCGGUGCUAAAGCGUUUCAAACGCCUGGACUGGGGCGCAUGGAUCAGAACACACUCUGGCCGUCAAAAGAAACUCUUCAAAAAGUCCGCUGAACUGCGCCGUCGUCUGCGACAACAUGUAUUUACAAAUGCCACACAAAGUUGGCUGUUGGACAAAAUGGUAACUAGCUACUGGCGUCGGCCCAAACAUUAUAUCGAUGAUCCGUAUGCGCCCUAUCACAAGCGCGAUGAAUACUUUGCGACCAAAUCGAAAACAUUCAAAGUGUAAUUCAUAAAAAUAUAAUAACAUGCACAGCGAUUAUUUGGUUAACAUAAUAACAUUUGGAACAAUUAGUU